CUGAGGUUUUUAAAAUGCCUGAACCAGCGAAAUCCGCUCCGGCCCCGAAGAAAGGCUCCAAGAAGGCGGUGACCAAGGCGCAGAAAAAGGACGGCAAGAAGCGCAAGCGCAGCCGCAAGGAGAGCUACUCCGUGUACGUGUACAAGGUGCUGAAGCAGGUCCACCCCGACACCGGCAUCUCGUCCAAGGCCAUGGGCAUCAUGAACUCCUUCGUGAACGACAUCUUCGAGCGCAUCGCGGGGGAGGCGUCGCGGCUGGCGCAUUACAACAAGCGCUCGACCAUCACCUCCAGGGAGAUCCAGACGGCCGUGCGCCUGCUGCUGCCCGGGGAGCUGGCCAAGCACGCCGUGUCCGAGGGCACCAAGGCCGUCACCAAGUACACCAGCUCCAAGUAAAUUUGUCAAGAGGAGCCAACAGCUUUUAGAUGUAUCUUUUCCACCACUCAUCACUAUUGGACACUGUUUCAUCUCACAAAUAAAUCAAU